AUGCAGAACAUCACAAUGGAUUCUCUUCAGUUAAUCUUUCUUUUAUGUCUUUUUCAAGUGUUCUAUUUUAAAAAAUGCCAGAAUCAAAGUUUUCCCUCUUGCAAUUCUGGAAUCAACUUCACUUCCGGAAGCAUCUUUCCAGUCAAUUUGAAUCUUACUCUGGCUUCUCUAUUUGCCAAUGCUCCAUUAAACGGCUUCGCCACCAGCAGUUUCGGUCAGGAUCCUAACACAGUGUAUGGCCUAUUGCAGUGCAGAGCUUAUGUUACUAAGGAAGAAUGCCAAACCUGUGCAGAAACCUCAGUCAGGGCGAUCCGCCAACUUUGUCCCAACCAGAAAGAAGCUUCCAUCUUGUCCAUUGAUUGUUCGCUUAAAUAUUCAAAUCAUAGCUUCUUCUCAACUGCUGACAGUGCUUUAAUAAUUUACAUAACUAAUCGUGCAAACGCAAGCCAACCCGCUCUUUUUCAGAGUGCUUUGGGGAACUUAAUGUUAAACCUUUCAUCCUCAGCCAUAUUGAGUCCUUCUAGAUUGGUAAACCAGAGCUCUGCUUAUAUGGAUUCCAAAACAAUUUAUGCUAUGGUGCAGUGCACACCUACUUUGGAAGUGAGCAGCUGCUUGAAGUGCUUGCAAGAUGUCAUUGCUUCCCUGUCAAUAGUGUGCAACGCAAGCGAAGGUUGUAGGAUGUCAUCUCUGAGUUGUGAUCUCCGGUAUGAGAUGUAUCCAUUCUCUUUGACAUAUUCACCUACACCAGCGCCAUCCCCGCCUAGUUCAACUACUAAUUCUAUAAGUCCCUCGAGUAGCGGUGUAUUUUACCAUGUAGCAAGCAAGAAGAAAAGAACCAUCAUUCUUGUGGCCGUUCCUGUAGCUGCUGCAGCAGUAGUACUGAUGAUAACCUGCAGUUACUGCUUUUGGCGAAAGGCCCCCAAAAAAGUACUUGAGGGUGAUCACAAUCCUGACAAGAGCAUUAGAAGCAACGAAUCACUUGUAAUCAGUUUAAGGAAGCUGAAGGAAGCAACAAGAGACUUCUCCGAGGAAUAUAAGCUCGGAGAGGGUGGUUUUGGUUCUGUUUACAAGGGGAGAUUGUCUGAUGGACAAGAAAUAGCAGUGAAAAGGCUAUCGAGUAGCUCAGCGCAAGGGCUAGAAGAGCUAAAAACAGAAGUCUUGCUGGUUGCCAAGUUGCUGCAUCGGAAUCUCGUGAGGUUGUUAGGCUUCUGCUUGGAAGAAGAUGAAAAACUUCUCGUCUAUGAGUUCUUGCCCAAUGGGAGCUUGGACAAAAUCCUAUUUGAUCAGAUCAAAAGGUUUAGCUUGGAAUGGGAGAGACGUUACAGAAUCAUAGUUGGAAUUGCACGCGGCCUACUUUAUCUGCAUGAGGAUUCUCAGCUGAGGAUCAUUCAUCGAGACUUGAAAGCCAGCAACAUACUCUUAGAUGAGAACAUGAACCCCAAAAUCGCCGAUUUCGGUUUGGCCAAGUUAUUCUUUGGAAGUCAGACUCAAGGCAAUACAAUGCGAAUUGCAGGAACAUAUGGAUACAUGGCUCCAGAAUACGUUCAGCACGGACACUUCUCCACUAAAUCCGAUGUCUAUAGCUUUGGUGUCCUGGUGCUGGAGAUCGUAACAGGUCGAAAGAACUCAAGUUCCCUUAAUCCAGCUAAUCUUCAAAGCCAUGCAUGGCAACAUUGGGCAAAUGGAACGGCUUUAGAGCUCCUAGAUCCCACCGCAGGCGAUCAGUUCCCGAGGUACGAAGUCCUGAAGUGCAUCCAGAUUGGCUUGAUGUGCGUUCAAGAUGGUCCUGCCGAUAGACCUUCGAUGUCCGAGGUGAUCAUGAUGCUCAGCAGUUACACAAUCUCUUCUCCAGCGCCUGCAAGACCAGCCUUUUAUGUCCCCAUGGAGAAACAGGAACCAGGCUCAGCCAAGGGAAAUUCCAAUUCAUCUUCAAGUGAUCAGUUCAAAACUUCAUCUGUGCAAGGAUCUGUAAAUGAGUUCAAGAUGGGCAUGCCGAGAACCUUUCUAAUGUCACUCCUGUUUGCCACUGUGCUUGUUGAAGCCACGGCAACUAAUUACGUGGUUGGAGGUCUAAACGGCGGUUGGGACAUGAACACUGAUCAGACUACUUGGGCAUCAUCUCAGACAUUCUUAGUAGGAGAUAAUCUGAUUUUUCAAUACUCACCUGGCCAUGACGUAACCGAAGUUACCAAGGGAGACUAUGACUCCUGCCAAGUGACUAGUCCUAUCCAAACUUACACAAGUGGUUCCACAGUCAUCCCUCUCACAUCUCCUGGGAAAAAAUACUUCAUUUGCAGUUCACCCGGACAUUGUGCAGCUGGAAUGAAGCUCCAAAUUAACACGCUGACGGCUUCAUCAACCACAUCACAAUCUCCUGCCACUUUGCCUACUCUAGGACCUGUCUCAGCUCCAUUACCUGCUACAGUGGUUGGUCCUGUUUUGCCUUCAGCUCCAGAAGCAUCUUCGCCGUUGAUGACGUCUCCAUCAGAAUCAAUUCCUGCAUCGUCACCCGAGGUUUUCAUCACUCCCCCGAGCCAUGUUUCAGCGGAAUCGGUGACUUCGUCAGCUACAGAGGGCAGUUUUCCCAGCACUCUAGCUGUGGGCUUGAGCUUUUUCAGCGUGUUACUUAUUGCCCAAAAAGCAUCUUAA